AUAAUCCCCAUACAAAACACAUUUACAGAAGUGAAAAUUGAAUGAGAAUUGCGCAUUAUUGGCACGAGUUAUCGCCUUGUUUACAUAUUUUGUUGAUCAGGUGAAGCUGUAGUUGAAGGAGACGGUUUAAUUUUAGACAGCAUGGAGUCAGUGGCAAUGACUAGCCCUUUAAGUGGUGUGUAUUUUUGGAAGCACCCUGUACAGAUUUAACACACAAGGGUAGUUUGUAUUGACAAUAUGCACUGGAGUGUUUCAGCUUUGUUUAGCAAUGUAAAAAAAUAAUCAGCCUGCUCUGACAAGGUUUGCUCUAGUUUUCUGUGAGAUAUAAUGUUUAUUUUUGGAGUGGGAGUUUAGGAUAUAUAUAAAUCACCUGUAAUUAACAGGUGAGAGGAAUGUAACACCUGGAGAAAUCCUAGUGACUGAAGCGACAGAUUUGACCUGUCACCGUGUUAGCGAAGGGCGGUCCCGAGCCCUAUGUCACGGGGGUAUAGAGUUGAUAUAUAUUCUCUGUAAAGACGUUUAAUGUGAGUGAGAUAGUUCAGUACCUGAGACCAGCAGUACGUAGGUAUGAUCUACCUGACACAGCACACCUGGGCAGUAAUGCUCAGGUAGGCUGAGGUGUUCCAUUUGAGCUCAGCAUCCAAAUCUCAGAGGAAUAAUUGGAAAAUUAAAUCAUGGCCUCGGAACCAAUUCACAGAGUACUUAGUACCAGUGCGCUUCGUAUUCCAAAACAAAGGAACUCAUUCUGGAGAAGACAUGCGGAUGAUUUGAUUGUGACACCGUUUGCCCAGAUUCUGGCGAGCCUGAGGAGUGUACGCAAUAACUAUGUAAUGCUGACCAACACAUCCAGAGAACGAUCUGGCACAGGAGGGAAAUCAAACCCAGUUCCUCAGACUUCUCACUCAAGUACAGCUACCUUAAAAACAGAUGAAAGCUACUCCCAGCUUGCCAUGGAAACUUUGGAGGAACUUGAUUGGUGCUUAGACCAGCUAGAGACCAUGCAGACUCAUCGGUCCGUCAGUGAUAUGGCCUCCAGCAAGUUCAAACGAAUGUUAAACAGAGAACUGAGCUCAUUCCGAGAGUCGAGUAAAUCAGGGAAUCAGAUUGCCGAGUUUAUCUGUAACACAUAUCUAGAUAAGCAACAAGAUUUGGACAUACCUCUUGUUAACACAGAGCAAAAUAAUAAAACUGCUGAGAAAUCGUCACCCAUGACUAAAAUCACAGGGGUUCGUAAACUGAAACACACCAACAGUUAUACCACAGUGCCAAAAUACGGGGUGGAAACCAGUCAAUCCGAGGAACUAGGAAAGCACUUGGCAGACAUUAACAAAUGGGGAAUGGAUGUGAUAAAAGUAGCAGAGUUUUCCAAUAACAGAUCGUUAACCUGUAUUACCUAUACAAUAUUACAGGAGCGAAACUUGCUGAAGACGUUUAAUAUUCCCGCACAAACACUGCUGACGUACCUAACUCAUCUGGAGGAUCAUUAUCACCGCGACAACCCGUACCACAAUGCUGAGCACGCAGCAGACGUCACACAGUCUACACAUGUACUACUUAACGCUCAGGCGCUUGAGAAUGUCUUCACUGAUCUCGAGAUACUAGCAGCAAUAUUUGCCUGUGCCAUUCAUGAUGUGGACCAUCCAGGGCUAACAAAUCAGUAUCUCAUAAAUACAGGUUCCGAGCUGGCGUUGAUGUAUAAUGAUGAGUCAGUCCUAGAGAAUCAUCACCUAGCUGUGGCAUUCAAGCUUCUGCAAGAGGAAAACUGUGAUAUUUUUGUGAAUCUCUCCAAAAAACAGCGUCAGACACUCCGCAAGAUGACCAUUGAUAUGGUCCUGGCUACAGAUAUGUCUAAACAUAUGAGUUUACUGGCUGACCUGAAAACUAUGGUAGAAAGCAAGAAAGUGGCGGGCUCAGGGGUAUUAUUACUGGACAACUAUACAGACCGCAUCCAGGUUCUACAGAACAUGGUCCACUGUUCAGACCUAGGGAACCCCACUAAACCUCUGGAGAUCUACCAGAAGUGGGUCACGAGGCUUAUGAAGGAAUUCUUCCACCAGGGUGACAUGGAGCGUGAGAGGAACCUAGACAUCAGCCCCAUGUGUGACCGCCAUACCGCCACCAUCGAAAAAACCCAGGUGGGCUUUAUCGACUACAUUGUCCACCCGCUUUGGGAGACUUGGGCUGAUUUAGUGUAUCCUGAUGCUCAACACAUCUUAGACACACUCGAGUAUAACCGAGACUGGUACCAAAGUCAGAUUUCAAUCUCGCCUUCCCCAAGCUUUUCUCAUACCCCCACAGAAAACUCACACUUUAACUUUAUUGAGGAGGAGGAAGGCGAGGGGAAUGGGCUUGUCACCAUCAAUGUGGGCGUGGACUCUGGAUAACGCUUGGAGGAAGGACCAUCACGGGCCAGAGAGAAGGCCCAUAAUAAAAUGCCCUGCUUCUGUACAUCUGGACACAGUGCUACAGAACUGGCAGUCAUUUAUGGAGGACAACACAUUUUUCAUACCAUUUAGCGGUGUUGCCAUGGACAACAGUAACCUGCUGUCAAGAUGUGUUGGUCAUUGUCAUAGCAACGACUUGUGAGGGUCACAGAACAGUGUCUCCAUGGUGAUAUCAAGUAGAACACAGCAGCUAUUCCCUGUUAGUGACCAGUCAUGACCCCAUUUUUGAGUUGCUCAGACAUUUAGAUAUUCAUUCCAGACAUACCUCAAUCUGUAGCCUUGCUACAAACUGCUCUCCCAAGAACUGUGCCAUAAAAAAAACACACGUGAAGACAUGACUCAACAUUGAGAUGCUUGUUAGCGAAGACUGGACAUAGAAUAAAACAUUUGUGAGACUUUGUGCCCUGGAGUUUCUCAGGAUGAUGUGUGUAACAUGUCAGUAUGUCUGUAAGAAACACUCUCCCAAGCAAGAGAAUGUCUUCACACGGUGGCAUCGUGAGACAAACACUGAGUGGUCUCCCUUUUUUGAUAUUUAUUUUUUUGCUGAUAGUCGACACAAUCAAUUUAUUUAUUUAUAGGUUACCUCUCAUAUAUAGUCAUUCUAGUCAGCCAUGUUCAUAAAUGGAGCCUUGGGGUUUCCAUAGUUACAUUUUUCAAAACAUUGCUUUUUUAUUUGUACAGAGAUAACAUUUUCCAGAAAUAAAAAUUUCAUUAAUCAUAAAACUAACACUUAAGACUGAGAAGUGAUUUAACAAUACGGUUAUGUCUUUCAUACGAGUGUAAAAUUCAGCAGUUCCUAUUACAUAUUUAUGUAUUAAUUUGUGUUAAUACCUUUUGAACGAAAGUAAGCUGGGAUUUAAGGAAUGUCCUUCUACCAGUAUUUAUUUUAUAGAACAUGAAUAUUAACUUUGUAAUUCCUUACUGAUUGUGUACAGACAGUGUUCAGAACUUCUAUAUCAUUACAGUAUUUAGCUGUACACGUGACAUUAUUUUGACUUUUGAACUCUGUUGUUUAAUGGUUAGUGUUGAUGUACCAUCGGCUGCGCUAGGAGUGUUUCGCAGCACUUUGUUUUAUUAUCCCAAUUUUCUGUGAUAAAAAAUUGCUGCAGUUUAA